GUCACCAAAUACUAGCAAAAUACCAUAUGAGCAAUGUAGUAUUUUGCUGGUAACAAUACUACGAUGUUUCAUUGUGGUAUUUGUAUAAACACAGCUAAAAAAAGGUAAAAAACUUUGCUAAAAGUGUUUACACAAAAGCUCUUCGAAGUAUUUCGUCAAAACUACUUCAAAAAUAAUAACAAUAAGAAGAAACAAAAAAUGGAAAAUUAUACGAACAAACCGCGCAUUUAUUUAGGGACUUCUGAGACGAAGUCCCUUAUUGAAGCUUGGGGCCAAAAUAUUGAAAAACUGCGCGGAACCCACAAAAAUAAUCAUGUGCUACAAAACAUGUGCGCACAACUGGAAAACGAGCACAAGGUACGGUUGAAUGCUGCAGAGAUGCGUACGCGGUUAAAUAAUUUAACUAAAAGGUAUAGGUAUGUAAGAACCAGUCCAUUUUUGGAAAUAUUCUUAUUUAAUUCUUCCAAAUCUUAAAUUUUUUAGGCAAGAAAAACGUACAAUUAGUCCUAGUGGUGGAUCUCCGUCAAAGUGGGAGUUCUACAACGACGUGCAUAAAGUGUUGGGCAGUUUCAAAUCAAAUAAUUUAUUUGAAGUAAUGGACGAAAGUUUAAUUUACGAACCGAAUUGUGAAGAAUCCUUAAUUGGUUGUGGAUUUGAUGCAAUGGAUGUACCGUUGAGUGAACAAUCCAUUAACAAAACACAGGGUAGUGAGUCGUCGUUCACUGAAGUACAGGCUGAUGAACCAACUACAAGUACUAAUUCGAGUAAUGAACGCAAACGAAAACGCCAAGAUGAUCGUUUUUUUCAGCUGAUAAGAGAUGAACCGGAUAUGAUGCAGAAAUAUUUAGUAAAAUCAUUAGAUAAUGAAGAAAAAGUUGUAAAGUUACUAGAAGAAAACAACGCAUUGCUUUCUGCGUUAAUAAAUAAAUAA